UCCCGGCUGCGGGCGGCGGUGGCGGCGGCGACGGCGGAGGCUGCGGGUCCCCGGCGGCCUCUGCCGAGCGCGCGCGCAGCCAUGAGCGAGUCCAGCGUCAGUGCGCUCCAGUCCGGCAGGCCCCCCAGGCAGCCCGUGGUCCACCAAGAGAAUCAGUUGGUGGAAGGCUUCUCCUCGCCACCUGUGAACUUCCUGCAAGAAUUGCCAAGCUACCGCUCGGUGGCCCGCAGGAGGACCACCAUCCUUCCCCGGGACAAGCAGAGCGGCACCCUGCUGAAGCCCGCCGACUCCUACGGCUCCCACCUGGAGGGAGGCAUCACCAAGAACCUCAGCAGCCAGUCCAUCCGCAAGUACGCGCUCAACAUCUCCGAGAAGCGGCGACUGAGGGACAUUCAGGAGACCCAGAUGAAGUACCUGUCUGAGUGGGACCAGUGGAAGCAGUACAGCAGCAAGUCCUGGAAGCGGUUCCUGGAGAAGGCGCGCGAGAUGACCACCCACCUGGAGCUGUGGCGCCAGGACAUCCGCAGCAUAGAAGGGAAAUUUGGCACUGGAAUUCAGUCCUAUUUUUCCUUCUUGCGGUUCCUGGUGUUGCUGAAUUUGGUGAUAUUUCUGAUCAUCUUUAUGCUGGUCCUCCUCCCUAUCUUGCUGACCAAAUACAAAAUCACCAACAGCACCUUUGUGCUCAUUCCGUUCAAAGAUAUGGAUAUCCAGUGUACCAUAUACCCCAUAAGUAGUUCUGGACUUAUCUACUUUUACAGUUACAUCAUAGACUUGCUUUCCGGCACUGGUUUCUUGGAGGAGACCAGCCUCUUUUAUGGACAUUACACCAUCCAUGGUAUAAAGUUCCAGAACUUCACCUAUGACCUGCCCUUGGCUUACUUGAUAAGCACAAUUGCCUACCUGGCCCUGAGCCUCCUUUGGAUCGUGAAAAGGUCGGUGGAAGGGUUCAAAAUCAACCUGAUCCGGAGUGAGGAGCACUUCCAGAGUUACUGCAACAAGAUCUUUGCCGGCUGGGACUUCUGCAUCACCAACCGCAGCAUGGCCGACCUGAAACACAGCAGCUUGCGGUACGAGCUCCGAGCGGAUCUAGAGGAAGAAAGAAUACGGCAGAAAAUAGCAGAAAGGACCUCAGAAGAAACGAUACGCAUUUACUCUUUGAGACUGUUUUUGAACUGUAUUGUUCUGGCUGUUUUAGCAGCAUGCUUCUAUGCCAUCUACAUAGCAACUAUCUUCUCCCAAGAACACAUGAAGAAGGAAAUUGACAAGAUGGUUUUUGGAGAGAACCUUUUGAUAUUGUACCUACCUUCCAUUGUGAUCACGCUGGCCAAUUUUAUCACCCCCAUCAUCUUCGCCAAGAUCAUCCACUACGAGGACUACUCCCCAGGCUUUGAGAUCCGGCUGACCAUUCUGAGGUGUGUCUUCAUGCGACUGGCCACCAUCUGUGUGCUGGUGUUCACCCUGGGCUCCAAGAUCACGUCCUGUGAUAACGACACCCUGUGUGAACUCUGUGGCUACAACCAGAAGCUCUACCCGUGCUGGGAGACCCAAGUUGGGCAGGAAAUGUACAAGCUGAUGAUCUUCGACUUCAUCAUGAUCUUGGCUGUGACCAUCUUUGUAGAUUUCCCAAGAAAGCUCCUGGUGACCCACUGCUCCUCUUGGAAGCUGAUUCAGUGCUGGGGACAGCAGGAAUUUGCCAUUCCCGAUAAUGUCCUGGGGAUCGUGUACGGGCAGACCAUUUGCUGGAUCGGAGCCUUUUUCUCACCCCUUCUUCCUGCAAUUGCAACCUUGAAAUUCAUUAUUAUCUUUUACGUGAAAGAGUUGAGUCUUCUUUAUACCUGCAGACCCUCCCCACGGCAAUUCAGAGCGUCCAAUUCCAAUUUCUUCUUCCUGUUGGUGUUGUUGAUUGGGCUGUGUUUGGCGAUAAUACCUCUGACGAUCAGCAUGUCCCGCAUCCCUUCCUCAAAAGCCUGUGGGCCGUUCACCAGCUUCAACACCACGUGGGAUGUCGUCCCGCGGACGGUGAGCACCUUCCCCAGCUCGCUGCAGUCCCUGGUCCAUGGCAUCACGUCUGAAGCCUUUGCGGUGCCUUUCUUCAUGAUCAUCUGCCUCGUCAUGUUCUACUUCAUCGCCCUGGCCGGGGCACACAAACGGGUGGUCGUCCAGCUCCGAGAGCAGCUGUCCCUGGAGAGCCGGGAUAAGCGCUAUCUGAUCCAGAAGCUAACAGAAGCCCAGAAGGAUGUGCGGAGCCAUUAGGCUGAGCCUGAAGACGCCGGGCCGCAAAAGUGCGGCUCCGCUGGUGACUGUCGCACCCACAAAGCCCGCCUGGGUUUUGAGCAGAAAUUUCAAAAUAUAUUUUUCUGGAAUUGAGGCUUUUCCUGACGGGACUCUGUGCAGCUCCGGUGGGCCUGGUUACAGAACCCAGCCUCUCAUGAGGGCUUUGGGUGACGUGGUAAAAGCAGGUCAAGCGCCAGGUCUUCGCCUGUAGAUGUUUAGAACAGGUUUUGAGAAUAGGGAGAGGAUCCUCAGGACCUGCUACCUGGUAGCAGAAGGGAAGAAAAGUGGGUCCCUGCUUUGUGAGUACAUGAGUAAGCAGUCCCUCAAGUGUCCCCAUCAGUCCUCUCCAGGAGGGGCCUUGUGGCCUUGUUUUCUGAGCUCUCUGAGUAUUUCCUGCAGCCUUAAGUUAUCACUCAGGGGAAAACCUCCUUCAGCCGACUCUCCUCCACAAGCCUCAGUUUCCAUCUGGUCCUGGGUUCUGAGAUUUGGCAAGAGGAACCUGUACCAUCCAAAGUAGGAGGCUUGUUCGUCUCAGUGUCCCAUUGCCCUUCUUGCCUCCAGGUCCCCAUUUCUAAAGGACACUUCACAUUCCUGAGCCAGGCUGGAAAGAGCUGUGGAGUGAUUGUAGCUGAGAGUUCCAUGCCUGAGUGAUCCAGGGUGGAGAUCCCACAACCCAGCCGGUUCAACAGACCAGUGAAAACGUACCAAACCAGGCUGGAUCAGCCCUGGUUUCUGAAGUACACAUUUUCAAGAGCUAUGGUUUGCUUUCCUGUGCUGAACAUUUUUAAAUGCGUAGGCCUUUAUUUUGCAAAGCAUUACACGAGCAGACUCUCUCUUAAGAUUUCCGUUAGGGUAACAGUAAUUUCUGUUACGGUGAAGACCAUAUGCAAUAAAUACCUCAUUGUAAACGUACCUGAAAUUGAUAACCCUGGACCUUUUAGUGGAAAGCCUAAGUUAUUGCUUAAUAUAACCUGUUUUCAUUUACAUGUCUCAAAAUCUUAAAGUACUGUAAUUUUGUUAAUAGACCGUUUUCUUCCUGCCAUUGUUUUUCUUCCUUUCUCUGGUUCCAAACCUUUCCUGGAAUUUAAAGUUGGAUACAGGUUUUGGAAAGCUGCUUCUAAGAAUAAUUCCCUCCUACCCCCCUCAACAUCAUCCCAGUACUCAAAACUGAUUAGCUCCUUGCUCUGAGGGAGAAAGCAAGCUGUCGGAGCUUAUAGAUUUCUAUACUCGUGUUCCUUUGUUGCAAUCUUUUUUUCUUUCUUUUUUGGGGAUGGGGAUCAAACCCAGGUCCUCACACAUGCUAAGCACACACUCUUACCAAGCUACAACCCCAGCUCCAACUCAACCUUCUUCUUCCACAAAGGUCGUAUUAACAGGAGUAUUUUUGUUCCUGUUGGACUGAUGAGUUUUUCAAGUUUUGUUACAGUUGAUGAGUUUCUAAAUGUAACUGGCGUCAUGGCAUUUUGAGAAACCGAAAGUUCAUUCUAGCAUUUCUGAAAAAAAAAAAUAAGUUUUAAUUGUAAGCAUUUCUGCAUAGUGCCUCUGUGCUUCUGUAUGCAUUAUGUCUCUGCCUGUACCAGGCUUCUAAAGAGAGUCGUGUGUGUGUGUGUGUGUGUGUGUGUGUGUGUGUGUGUAUGUGAUGAAUAAAAUGAAAAUAUAUUGCUGUUUUCAUUCCGUUUUAAAACUGAUACUGAAACAAAUAACAGUAGUUUUAGUUAAAAUGCUGCUAAUUUGCAUACCUCUUACUUGAAUGUUUUGAUAUGUUUUGAUAAGUUUAAUAAUUUCAAGUGAUGUCUGUAUAAUUUUUAAAGUACGGCUGUCUAACACAUGUGCAUUAAAACUACUGAUUAAACAGCAUCUUUAAGGUUUUAA